GAAGGAAGGAACCAAAGGACGAGGGUGCCGGGACUAAAACAGACUCGACUCAUGGCAUCGUCAUCUCCGAAGAACCAACUCUCUUCUUCUUCUGAAACCCUAAACCUCCCGUCCGAAACUUCCCUUACCCAGACCAACCCAAUGAACGCCCAAGAUUCACCCAUUCCCCCUGAGCAACAAAUCCAGCCGUCCAACAACCAAGAUGACACCGCCACCACAACUGGGGAGAAGCGAAAGCGAGAGAAGACAACAACAACAACGACAGAAGCAGAAACAGAAACAGAAACAGACCCUUCACUCAAUCCAUUCCAUAAAACCUCGCUCUGUUCCUACUUCAGGCGGCACAUGGGGGCCUCCUGUAGCCACGGCAGUGCGUGUAAGUACGCGCACGGCGAAGAGGAGUUGAGGCCCCGCCCGGAUAACACCUGGGAUCCUACCUCGGAGCGUGCCAAGAAAGCUAUCAAGCUGGACACCACCAAUAAUAAUGAUAGCAAGGAAGAAGAUGAAGAUGAGGAGAUCAUGAUGACUGAUAUUGCUGCUGACGGUGAUGGUGAUGGGGGUUGUUUGGAUACUGGGCUUAGUAAAUGCUUGGUACAUUUGCCCCGCAAGUGGCUUUCUGAUCAUUUGAGGAAAUUUCUAAGUGAUCAAGGGAUUCUUUUCAAAUCUGCUAAGAAAAAGAAAGGCAUGUCCGUGGGUUUCCUAAGUUUCGAGGAUGCUGAGCAAUUGAAAAAAGCAAUCGAGGAGCUGGAAGGAAGAUCUAUUGGAAACAAGAAUAUAAAGGUUGCCGAUGUCAUUCCCCGACAAUUUGAGCAGAAAAUCAAAUCAGCAAUGGCUGCCCCUCAAAACAUUCCGCAGACAAUGGAACCUGCAUUGGAUGGAGAAAAUGCUGGGAUCUCUAGACCUUCAGAUGCUAUUGGGGAUGGUGAUGGGAAUAAUGACAAUUCAACACAAGAUGGUUCAAGCUCUCAGGCCAAAUGUGCCCGUGAUGUCGCAACACCCCUUGCUCAUAUGCCUUAUGAUGAUCAGUUGGAGCACAAGAAGAACUCUAUCAUGCAAAUGCUCAAAAAACUUACAAGAAAUGCACGCAAAGCUUGUCCUAAUGGAGUUUCUCUUCCAGAAUGGAUUCUCAAAUCUAGAGAAAUAGGUGGUCUUCCAUGUGAACUAGAGGGUAUACUUGAAUCACCACUUAGAAAUGGAUAUCGUAAUAAAUGCGAGUUUUCUGUUGGAUAUUCUCUUCAAGGAAAACCUACUGUGGGUUUUAUGCUAGGAAACUUUAGGGAAGGUGUGACAGCUGUAGAAGAACCUCUUGGCUGCCCCAAUGUUUCUAGUGUUGCCUGCAAGUAUGCGUCAAUCUUUCAGGAAUUUUUGCAACAAUCUGGCUUGCCAAUUUGGAAUAGAUUUAAGAAUACUGGAUUCUGGCGUCAAUUAACGGUUCGAGAAGGAAGAUUACCAAGGAAAGCUGCUGAUAUUGCAAUUCCCGAGGCCCACAUAUCAGAGGUCAUGCUUAUUGUUCAGGUCUCCUCUGUGGGCUUUGAUGAUGACAUGAUAACCAAUGAACUAAGGGGGUUGGCUCAUGCAUUUACCACUGGAGCUGCUGGAAGUGCUCCACCUUUGCCUUUAACAGCUUUGGUUAUUCAGGAUCACCAAGGACUAUCAAAUGUUGCACCAGCUGAUGCUCCAUUGCGCACGCUACUCCUUCCAAAUGCAAAUGGUGGUUCCGAGGUUCAAGCAACCAGUAAUGUUGCUGAAGCAAGAAUUCAUGAUUAUAUAAGUAAUCUUCGGUUCUCUAUAUCACCAACAGCUUUUUUCCAGGUUAACACCCUUGCUGCAGAGAAACUAUACUCUCUUGCUGGGGAUUGGGCUGGUCUUGGUCCAGAUAGCUUGCUAUUUGAUAUAUGCUGUGGGACAGGAACAAUUGGCCUCACUUUAGCAGAUCGUGUUGGCAUGGUUGUUGGCAUUGAAAUGAAUGCUUCUGCAGUUUCAGAUGCUCAUCGGAAUGCUGAAAUUAAUGGCAUAAAAAACUGUAGAUUUGUUUGUGCAAAGGCAGAGGAUGUGAUUGGGUCUUUAUUGAAGGAGUAUCUAGAUGUGCCUCAGAAAGAAGGUGAACAGCUGAAUGCAUCUGAAAUCAGGGAUAAAGAAAUAGCAAUGGUUGAAGUUAACAAUGCUCCCAUGGAUGAUGUCCUAGACUCUAGCAAGAACCCAAGCCAUGAUCUUGGAAAUGGUGAAGGUGCUUCUGGGGAAUCAGAAAAUGAUGGACAAGAAAUCCAAAGUCAACUUCAGAAGAGUUGCACAUCAAAAGAAGGGAGUUCUUCAAUGUUGCAUUUUAAAAAUGUUGUUGCCAUUGUUGAUCCUCCCCGUGGCGGGCUGCAUCCCACUGUGAUUAAAGUUCUGAGAACUCAUUCACGUGUACGGAGACUUGUUUACAUUUCUUGCAAUCCUGAAACCUUAGUGGCCAAUGCUAUUGAGCUCUGCACCCCUUCUCCUGAGAAAGUUGAAAAAGGGAAUAGAAACAGGGCAUGGAGGAAGAUGAGCAGCGCUGGUUUGGCACGGCACAGAGUCAAGUCUAUGCCCGUUUCAGAGCCUUUCCGACCUGUAAAAUCCGUGGCUGUUGAUCUUUUCCCACAUACCUCACAUUGCGAAAUGGUGAUGCUUCUGGAGAGGUAAGUAGACCUUCUGAAUGUCGGACAGUUGAUUGUAUGGCAAACCCUAACAGAAUCGAUAAAAGGCUCUGUUGAGUCCUGUUGCGAACCGAGAUUUUGGUAGAUUCCUUCUGAUUGUUCCAAUUUUUGGUCAAUUUUGUCAGUCAUUGUUCUACUUGUUUAGGUUUUUAUGAUGUAAUUUGGAGUAAAAAUGAAUGCUCUUCAUCCUCAUAAGGUACUCUUUUCCCUGCGGAAUUUGUUUACCAACAACAAUUAAAGAUCGCAAAAGUUGCAUUACUGUUA